UUAUAACGUAAAUGUAUUAUUUUAAUUAGUUUUAUAUCAAAUUCCUGUAUGUAGAGAAUUUCUUUUUGAUGUUUUGUUUGUUUUCGUUUUUGGCGGUACCACAAAAUAGAAUCAAAUCAGUUUUAGGCAGCACCAAACUAUAGUUGGAUCAGAUCAGAUCAGAUUGAUAAAGAAAGGAGGUUAGGAAGUAAGAUACAUGUCAACUGCGUUCCUUCAUUCAAGUCUAGAGUCAGACUUACCAGGUGGUGGUGGUACUGGAUUCCCUCAUCCAUCAUUUGCAAGCAAUACCAAUAAUGCAACCACCACGUCUGAUUCACAAUAUGUUCAACAAUAUCUUAGAUCAAUCAUUAUUCAUAGUUUGGAUACGUUCAACUUCAACAAUGCUGAAUUCACCAGUGAAAGGUUGUUAGCUAUUGAUUCCACUAAUCCUCAAUCGAUCUAUUUGUAUUGUUUGACCUUGUUUAAACAAGGGAAGUUUAAAAGUUGUUACAGUAAAUUGAUCAAUAAUAUUGACUUAAUCAACUCAAAUCUUAGUUGUACUUACCUUUUCGGACAAUGUUGUUUAAAGUUGAAGUUGUAUAAAGAAGGUAUUUAUCAAGUCAUCAAAUUACAUGCAUUAUAUAAUGAAGAAGAGAAUCUUGAUCAUAAUCCUGAUAAUGAGAACAAUCCAUAUUAUUUCAUAACGAGUCAACAGAAAUUUAAUUAUGAAUUCAAUCGUUCAAUGCAACCAGAUUCAUCUAUGAUACAUCAUUUAUUAGGUGAUUUAUAUAAGGGGAUCAAUGAUAUUAAAAAUAGUGCUUUGAAUUAUAGUCAAGCUGUAAAAUAUAACCAAUUUGAUUUCGAAGCAUUUCAAGAAUUAUGUAAAUUAGGAGUUAAAGUCAGAGUUAAAUCAAUUUAUAAAUCAAAUGGGAAUGGUUUCAAUAUACCAACUAAUGGGGGAGACGAAAGUAUUGUUGAUUAUAAUAAUAGUGAUAAUUUUUCAAAUCCUUUCUCAAAUAGUAAUGUGGGAGAAACACCUAUAAUUCAUCAAGAUGAUAGCUUUACUAAUCUUUCAACUCCAAGAAUUAGACCGACAGUGGUUCCAGAUGCACCUUUAAGAAGAUCAAAUUUAAACACUGGUGGAGCUGGUGCUAAUCUUACAUCAUUUGAAUUUACCAAACCUAACUUUCCUAAUGUUUCUGAUACUAUUAACAACAGUAUGAAUGAGAAAAAGCCAACCAGCAAGAGAGAAAGUGCAUAUUCACGUAUAACAUCGAGAUUGACUUCAUUACCUGGAACUUCAUCUACAACCACAUCCAAUUCAACCACAUCUUCAUCAAAUAAUCCUAAUGUUUCCAAUUCUAAAAUUCUUGAAACUCCAGGAAAGAAAUCAAAUAUUAGAUCUACGUUAAAAAGAAAUACAUCUAGUUCUAUGAUGGAUGUAGGUAACCAUACCACCACCAAUAAUAAUAAUAAUGCCAAUAACAACAAUAAUAACCAGAUCAUUAUGAAUAAAGAGAUUAUAAGAACUGAGAAAUAUUUAUUCAAAUUAUACAUUAUUUUCGCCAAAGCAUUUAAAUGUAUGAGUAAAUAUGAUUGUUAUAAAGGUAUUCGAUUAUUAGAACUGUUACCUGAGAAUGAAAAGGAAACACCAUGGGUCUUAAGUAAAUUAGGACGAUUAAAUUAUGAAAUUAUCAAUUAUAAACAAAGUGAUUAUUAUUUUAUGAGAUUACGAAAAUUAGAUCGUACUCGAUUAGAAGAUAUGGAAUAUUAUUCUACUUUAUUAUGGCAUUUACAUCGGAAAGUUGAAUUAUCAUAUUUAGCUAAUGAAUUAUAUGAUUUAAAUAAUGAAAGUUCUAUAACUUGGUGUGUGAUUGGGAAUUUAUUUUCUUUAAUUCGAGAACCAGAUGAAGCUAUUAAAUGUUUUAAUAAAGCGAUUUCAAAAGAUGAAGAUUUUACUUAUGGAUAUACCUUAAAAGGUCAUGAAUAUUUUAGUAAUGAUAAUUAUGAAAUGGCAUUAGAAAAUUUCCGAAUUAGUUUAUUAAAGGAUUCUCGUCAUUAUAAUGCCUUAUAUGGGAUUGGAAUGGUUUAUAUUAAUUUAGGUGAUUAUCAAAAAGCUGAUUAUCAUUUCCGAAAAGCAUUAUCAAUCAAUCCUAUUAAUAUAAUUUUAAUUUGUUGUGUUGGAAUGGUAUUAGAGAAAUUAAAUAAGAAAUCACUUGCAUUAAAACAAUAUGAUUUAGCUAAUAAAUUACAACCUUUAAAUCCAUUACCAAUCUUUAAAAAGGCCCAAUUAUUAUUCUCCAUGCAAAAUUUCCAACAAUCAUUAAUUAAUUUUGAAAAAUUAAAAGAUUUAGCUCCUCAAGAAGCAAGUGUUCAUUUCUUAUUAGGUCAAUUAUAUAAUAUUCAAAAUGAUAAAUUCCAAGCCAUAAGAGAAUUCACUAUUGCUUUGAAUUUAGAUCCAAAGGGUAACUAUCUAAUCAGAGAAGCCAUGGAAUCAUUGAAAGAAAAGUAGAUAUCGUAUAUACAUAUAUAGAAUAUGAAUGUAUAUAUAUAUAAAUAGAUACGCGACGCGUAGUUCAAACAUUGCGAUUUAUUAUAACCGAUAUAUAUAAAAGGGUUCAAAACAGGGAUUAAUAUUUAAAUGCAAAGGCUAGCUCGCCUUAGAUUGGCAAUGCUUAGACGUUGUUGUUUAAACAUAAAAAAUAAUUUUAGCCUAGUUUCUUCUUAUUAUUAUUAUUAGGGGAAAUUAGUUUUG